AUGUUCAAAAUAACUGAUUUUGGCAAACAUAUAAGUAUUCGUGUUCUGGAUUUACUUUUUUUACGUGUUGGAAAUUUAAAUUGUGCUUCAUUUGCAGCAGGUAUUAUUGAAGGUGUUUCAUGUUCGAGUAGUUUUACAUGUAAAGUUCUCGCUCAUCAAGAACCACGUGAUACAACUUAUCUAGUUAAUUUUUCGGAAUCACCUGAUCCAAAAUAUGAAUUGAAUAAAGAUGAACCUAUACAAUUAUCCGAAAAAGUACAAACACUUUUAUCAAAUACUCGAUUUAGUCGUCUUUGUUGCCAGACUAAUCCAUAUGCAACAUUACUUUAUGAUAGUGAACAUGUUAAAGAAGAUAUACUGAAUGAACAAGUACCAACGAAAAAUGUAUAUGAAACACAACUUUUGACUAAAGAACUUGAAAAUGAAAAAACAUUUCAAAAUCAAUUAUUAAUCGUUCUACAAGAAAAAUUUCAAUUACAAAAUGAAGCAAUUAUCUCAAAGCAAAAAAGAAUUUAUUUAUUUAAAAUAAAAUUUUUAGUUGUCUAUCGUGAUAAUAUUAAAUUCAAUAAUCAAGAAUUAGAACAACAAUUAAAUCAAGUAAUUUCAUUACUGGAUUAUGAACAUGACCGACAUAAAAAAUUUGUUAUUCUUCUUUUCAAUGAACAUGUUUCAUCACUAGAUGAAAAAGUGAUUGGAACAGUUUCUAAACCUCAAUCUAAAUCACGUCACUUACAAUUAAUAGGGUCUCAAGCAUCACUUCCAACAAAUAAUUCAUCACCAUCAUCAUCUAAUUUUGAUAAAUCAUCUAUGCCAACAACAGAUACUAUUAGCCGUAUAACUAUUAUUCCUAUAUUGUCAUCAUCAAAAAAUGACAAUAAUUCAAUAACAAAAACAGCGGUUGUUUCUCCACCAAUUCCAACACGUACACAACAAACAUUAUCUUUUCCUGUAUUACUUUCAUUGCUAAUACCUACUGUUGCUAAAAGUAAUGUGAGACCUAUUCGAUCAAUAUUAAAUCUUCAUUCAUCACCAAGUAAUAGUCAAACAUCAAUAUUAUGCUUUAUCAACAACAGGAAAUAA